UCACUUGGUUAUACAGCAGAAACUAACCAUUGUAAAGCAAUUAUACUCCAAUUAAGAUGUUAAAAAAAAAGCGUGCUUAUCAGCACUUUUUCAGAUUGCUUUCCAAUUUGUCUUCCUAGAUACUCUUCUAAAUUGUUUCACUUUAUAUCCGUAUUGAUCUGUUGAAAGUACAGGUUAUAGCUUAGGGAUUUAAUAUUAAAAAAAAAAAACAAAGCUGUUUCUAGCUUUCUGUGGAGCCUAGGAAAUCACUCAAUCUUUGAGAAUUGCCUUUAAUUAUAUGGAACUUAAGCCUUGAGUAAGUAUGACUAUUAGUGCCAGUGGUUAGGGAGCUUCGUGAGCUCCCUCUCUUACAAUAUGUUUUCAAAACUAAUAUUGUCUUUGUCAACAAUCACAGUUAGGUGGAGAUCAUCUUAGAUAAACCAAGUUAACUCUAACCCUAAGUUCUUGUUUUCCUAACAAGACCAAGAGAAAUGUCAAGGAUGUGCUCAAGGGCAGCAUUAUAAACAGUGUGACUAACAGCUGGGAAACUACUGUCUCAGCCUUAACACAGUCUUGUAUGGCGAAGACCUGCUGUUAAAAUUCUCUCAGGGUUCUGGAGAGACAGCUUGCUACAGAGUGAAUUUGACACCCCACAGGCAUGUCCUUUCUUGGGAAGUGUUUCAUCAAAAUGUGGGAAGAGUUCGACAUCAAAAUGGAAAGCCACGUAUCCUACAGGAGCAGUAGAGUAGGUGGCAAAUUCCCUUUGAUCCAAGAGCCAUGAGCUUUUAGCUAAGAUGAAAAGGGAUGUGGAGAAGUAGCACUACUUAUCUCACAGUUCUUGCCUUUGCCAGCUGGGAUAGCCACAUCCAACCUAGAGGACAUGAUAAACUCCCCGCUGGACCUUACCAUAAGAUGAGGUGGUGGACUAUAAUGGAUCCUAUCAUGUGCGCGCUGACAGGCAUCAGAACAUUCAUCUCUUCGCUGGAUGUCAUCUAACAAAUUCCCUGGAUCGUCUGGAUCAAAUAUGAUCUAUUAUCUGGUUGUAGGUGUCACAGUCAGUGCUGGUGGAUAUUAUACUUACAAGAGAAUCACAUCAGAGAAAGCCAAACACAGCGAUCGUAUAACGAAUUUGAAAGAAAAAACCAAAGCAGAGUUACAUCCACUUCCAGGUGAAAAAGAGAACCUUGUGGAUGCCGAGGAAGCCAGUUCAGAAGCCCCCGAAGUACCUUCAGUGGAAGCUCCGGUGGUGGACGCUGCAGAGCUUCCCAGUGCUACAGUUGCCGUCAUCGAAGAGGCUUCCCCCUGUCCAGACGAUGCGGAGGCUGCUGCCGAGGAGACCACUGCCGCUGGUGCUGAAACUGGGUCAGAGGUGACAGAUGCGGGGACGGGAGAAACCGCAGAGGUCAGCCCUGAAACCACGUCAGAGGUUACCAGCGCAGUUCGGGAUGAAGCUGUUGCCAUCGAUAGUGAUAAAGGUACAACCGAGAACGAAAGCUGUGGUGAAUAUGCUGAACUGGAAGAAAAUUCUCCAGUUGAGUCAGAAUCCUCUGCUGGGGCUGAUUUACAGGAAGAAGAAGCCAGUGUUUGUUCUGAGGCCGCCUCAGCCCAAGGCUCAUCUCAUGCUGAUUGACACGUGGGCAAAAAAUGCCACAGAGGGUCUGAUAGGUGUUUUUGUAGUUUCAGUAACCUUAGAUUUUAAAAAGGCUUCUUUUCUAGAAAAUGUUAGUGUGCCUUGAGGAUUUGGGGUAUCUACUGAUAGAUUUCAGGAUCGAGAGAAUGGAGAUUUUGCGUGCUGAAUAGUUUUCUACUCUCUGGGAUCAGAAUAUGACAUGUAAAGAGCUUCAAGAGUUUCACCUGUGGAUUUAAAUUUUAUAUCAUAGGAAUUGAGCUAUCUAUACAACCUGCAUUCACUUUAAUUUUGCUAUAAUUUUACCUUUCUUUAAUGCAUGUAAAUCUAGAUUCUUGAGUUUUGAUUUGAACUCAUUUAAAUAAAUUUGGAAAA